GAGGCCAUGAAUGACCUCAGCAACGCCGACAUCGUGACCAAGUACCGGUGUGCCGGCGACAUCGCGAACAGCGUGCUGACAGCCAUCAUCGAGGCGAUCAAGCCGGGGGUGAAGGCGGUGGAACUGUGCAAGCGGGGCGACGAUCUGGUGGAGGAGGCCACCUCCAAGGUGUACAACGUGAAGAAGGGCGGCAAGAAGGUUGAGAAGGGCUCUGCGUUCCCCACGUGCAUUUCCGUCAACCACUGCUGCGGCCACUACUCGCCGCUCACCUCGGAGGACGACGUGACGCUGGUCGAGGGCGACGUGGUCAAGAUCGACCUGGGUGUGCAUGUCGACGGCUACAUCGGCGUCGUCGCCCACACGCACGUCUGCACCGCCGACGCCGCAGCGCCGCCCGUGACGGGCAAAAAGGCAGACGCGAUGAUGGCGGCGUGGACGGCGUCGGAGCUGGCGCACAGGAUGUUCAAGGAGGGGUGCAAGAACACCGAGGUGACCGACAUGAUCGCCAAGGUGGCGGAGGCGUACGGCUGCACGCCGCUGGAGGGGGUCCUGUCGCACCAGAUGAAGAAGCACGUCAUCGACGCAAAUAAGAUGAUCGUCAACAAGGUGAACGAGGAGAACAAGCCCAAGGAGGUGACGAUUGAGAAGGGAGACGUCUUUUCAAUGGACAUCGCAAUGUCCACCGGGGAGGGCAAGCCAAAGGUGGGGGAGAAGAGGUGCACCGUCUUCAAGCGCGACCUCGAGGAGAAGUACUCGCUCAAGAUGAAGGCCUCGCGGGCCUUCUUCUCCGAGGUGAACGCGCGCUUCCCGACGCUGCCCUUCACGCUGCGCGCGGGCGACGAGCGGGCGUGGCGGAUGGGCGUGGUCGAGUGCGUCAAGCACAACCUCUUCGUCGAGUACCCCGUGCUGUACGAGAAGGACAACGAGUUUGUCGCGCAGGUCAAGUUCACCGUCGCGCUGCUGCCGUCGGGCAACGUGGCGCGCACGACGAGCUCGCCGCCGCCGGUGGCGAACUCGGAGAAGUCGCUGACCGACGAGGCGCUGGUGGCGCUGCUCGCGACGGAGGUGGCGAAGAAGAAGAAGAAGAACAACAAGAAGAAGAAGGCCGGCGGAGGGGAGGGCGGAGACUGAGCCGCCGCGCCGGCCGCAUGCACCCUCGGGGGGAAAGGGGGAGGGGGGCGGACCCAGCCUGGCGGCGUCGGCGCGCGAGCGGCGGAGUGGGACGGGCAGCACUCACCCCCAUCCCUCGGGUUGGGUGUGCAGUCGCCCCCCUCCGACCUCGCCUCCGCUGCAGCCCAGCCGCGAUCGCCAACCUCCCCCUGCGCACCCCGCACCCAUCCUGUGUUGAGCAUUACGUACGUGGGCUGGAUCGAAGCGGCCCAGGUUCAGCACUUUAAAAUGGAUGGUAAGGCC